ACACUGCAGCCGGCCUGGGACCUGGGAGCAAGCAAACCGGUAAACGCACCGGCGACGUUUGGACAUCUCGUGUUGUUUUGUUUAUUGAUAGAAAGUUACCUCUAAAUAGUUUUAAAAUGUCGUACAAAGGACCCCCUAAAGUUCAGAAGGUGAUGGUUCAACCCAUCAACCUUAUCUUCAGAUACUUGCAAAAUCGUUCUAAAGUACAAGUCUGGUUGUAUGAAAACGUCAACCUCAAGAUUGAAGGCCACAUUGUGGGAUUUGAUGAAUACAUGAACCUUGUGUUAGAUGACGCGGAAGAGGUGUAUAAGAAGUCUGGCAAGAGGAAGGCCCUUGGACGCAUCAUGAUGAAAGGCGACAAUAUCACACUUAUCCAGAAUGUUAAUCCUCAAGGAGCAGCAAUGCAACCGUAAUGAAUCUUCCCCAAUGUUCAAUCUAAUAUUUUAUUUCUAAGACUUGUACUAAAACGUCUGCAUACAAAUCCCAGAAGAAUUUGAGAGGACAACAGUUAUCUUUAAUUUAAUAUUAGAAAGUCUUAUUUGCAUACCCAUUUGCCUUUCAGUUUACAGCUCAUUCCAAUUGUACAUAGCAUCAAUCAACACAAUGAAAUGUUAAAUAAAGGCAUUUCAACCAAACAUAA